UAAAACAAAUGUGUAAAAACGAUGAAUAGAAAAAGAGCGCUGAUCUCCAGCACAUUCACGGUGAAAAGACGAAAGAUUGGCACAGAAAACAAUUUUGGAGCACAAGAAAAUGGAGAACUCUCUACAAACAGAGAGGGACCUCUAGAUGUCAAGGCGUCCCUGCAGCACCUCAUGACUCUCUUUCCCCGCAAACUAUUCAACGACACACUGCCACCAAUUGUCAUGAAGCAUCAACUGUAUAGUAUACACGAUGACAAGACUCAAGUUGACCGGCAGCUGAACGAGUUGAGGGAACGCGGAGAGUUGCUGAUGUUCCAGCUCGGCUUCGAUUCUGAAACAUUCGGCCUCAUUUUCACAUCGGACUACAGGGCUAAAGUACUGGCCGGAGAAGCCGGAAGAGGGACGCUAGAUACCGUGGAGAAGUUUUUGGACAACGUGUUGUCUUGUUGUUCAGAGCUCAGCUUCAACAAAGACAUCAUGCUCAAGAAGUUUCUCUUCACGGACACGGAGAUAACACAGCUCGUGAAGUCGGGGGUGCUGACCGUGAGAGAUGCAGGCAGCUGGUGGCUUUCUAUUCCCAAUUCUGGAAGGUUCACAAAAUAUUUUAUUCGGGGGCGCAAAGCGGUGCUGGCCAUGAUCAAAAAGUCAAAAUACGGUGAAGUGUUACGGUCAGACCUGGAGAGCAGGCGGACUACAGCCCAAGUCAAAUUUGACAUGAAAUACCACAUACAUGACAUCAUUGGCGCCGACCUAGUGGAAUGCAUACCAACAACAUCGGGAACUUUACUGCGCUUCACGGAGACAUGAAAUGUCUGCAGAAUAACCCGUGGCAACAUUCCUCACGGACCCUGGGGGUGUUUUGAAUGGAGUCCUCUAAUUAUUGCUGUGUAUUAUGAAGCCUUGUUUUGUAAAUUAAAUGCUUGUACAGUUUCCGAAUGUCGUUUUGGUAAUUUAAGUCACGUACCCGCCACCUGAAAAAAAAAUCGGAAUUUGUGAGACCAAUGGGAGACGUGUGCCCAAAGACAAUACGUGCAGUGGCGUCAGAAGCCCUUGCUAUUUGAUUGUAGGCUCUGUCGCUUGAAGACGUGUUGACUCCUGGUAUAGCAGAAUCGCAGAACUGAGGGUUUUGGAAACGCCAUUCCAUGCCAGCAGCUGAUUGACAGUUGGAACAAUCGAUCAUUCGAGAUCCCGUUCUGUUAUUGCCUUCAAUUAAAUAAAAGUUGAGUUGGAAG